GACCGUGUCUUUGCUUCAUCAUCUGAGGGGAAAAUUCCCAGGCAGAAGGCUUGCUGAGUACAAUAAAAAGGGGAUGAGAAGUAUUUAUCCGAACGUUUCUUCCUAAUGAUGCAGUGCGAAAGGUUUGACCGUUUGAUUUUACCAGAUGGUCUUGUGCCGAUUGCAAACGUGAGGAGCAGACAGAGCUAAAUAAGGUUCAUGAUUUAAAAGUGCCUUUGUGAAGUCACUUUUACUGGAAACGACUGUCCUACGCACUUCUGUGUUUGGGGAACUUGGUCUCUGCCUACUCUGAACACCUUGUCCUGAUCUCAUGUGUGGCAGAGGAUAUCUCGACCGUCUGAAUUUGCCACUUGCUCGACUUCAAUAUUAAAAAGGUGAAAGGAAAAAACAAAACUGCUAGGACAACUGACAGGGUUGUUUUCCAGUGUCACCAAUACAAGAAAGCAGCAUUGGAAGAAUUAACAUUCUCUCAAGGAGUCUGAUUGCCUUGGAGUCACUCUGUAAGAAACGGUGUCAAAGACAGACAAGAGACUCAGACAUUUUACAGCCAGAGAUGACACUGAGCAUGUUUUCAUUGCAGCCCACCUUCUCCAAGUGGGGCAUAUUGAUUGAUGAGUGACUGCUUGCUGAUAAAUUGUCUCUUCUCAUUCUGCUUUGUGUGUAUUGGACUCCAUUAAUCAAUUUGUUAGCUCUCCUAAGAGCUGGAUGUGGUUUGCUUCUCAACAGUAGAUUUGUUUUUGUUUUAUUUUUUGGAGUUGGUGGACAUCAGAGUGACAUAAUUCACUUAAUAGCAACACCUAGAACCUAAACCUCUUUUUCAUCAUGGCUUUGAACGUUACUCCUGUGAGAGACACAAAAUGGCUGACACUGGAAGUGUGCAGACAGUUUCAGAGAGGAACUUGUUCACGCUCUGAUGAAGAAUGCAAAUUUGCGCAUCCCCCCAAAAGUUGCCAGGUUGAAAAUGGCCGUGUAAUUGCCUGCUUUGAUUCCCUAAAGGGUCGUUGCUCAAGAGAGAACUGCAAGUAUCUUCACCCACCGACACAUUUAAAAACCCAACUAGAAAUUAACGGGAGGAACAAUUUGAUCCAACAAAAAACUGCAGCAGCAAUGCUUGCCCAGCAGAUGCAAUUUAUGUUUCCAGGAACACCACUUCAUCCAGUUCCUACGUUUCCUGUAGGUCCAGCACUAGGAACAAAUGCAGCAAUUAGUUUUGCUCCUUACUUAACACCUGUAACCCCUGGAGUUGGGCUAGUCCCUACUGAAAUUCUACCCACCACACCUGUUAUUGUUCCUGGAAGUCCACCUGUUACAGUCCCUGGCUCAGCUGCUACUCAGAAACUCCUCAGGACAGAUAAACUUGAGGUGUGCAGGGAGUUUCAGAGAGGAAACUGUGCCCGAGGAGAGACCGAUUGCCGCUUUGCCCAUCCUUCAGACAGCACAAUGAUUGAUACAAAUGACAACACUGUAACCGUUUGUAUGGAUUACAUAAAAGGUCGUUGCAUGAGGGAGAAAUGCAAAUAUUUCCACCCUCCUGCACACUUGCAGGCCAAAAUCAAAGCUGCUCAGCACCAAGCCAACCAGGCUGCCGUCGCCGCCCAGGCAGCUGCUGCAGCAGCGACAGUGAUGACUCAGUCGACUGCCAAAGCAAUGAAGCGACCUCUCGAAGCAACUGUAGACCUGGCCUUUCCUCCCGGUGCUCUUCACCCUUUACCAAAGAGACAAGCACUUGAAAAAAGCAACGGUGCCAGCGCCGUCUUUAAUCCCAGCGUCUUGCACUGUCAGCAGGCACUAGCUCAUGCACAGUUGCAGCAACACACGGCAUUUAUUCCGACAGGGUCAGUUUUGUGCAUGGCACCCGCUACCAGUAUUGAUAAUACUGAAAUAAUCAGCAGAAAUGGAAUGGAAUGCCAAGAAACCGCAUUGAGAAUAACAAAACAUUGUUACUGUACAUACUAUCCUGUUUCCUCCUCGAUAGAAUUGCCACAAACUGCAUGCUAAAUAAAAAUGUAGUUCUUCUGGACAGAUCACAAACUCUAAGAAGCUAGUGCUGCUAUAUCAUAUAUGAGUAUUAAAUAUGGUAUGCUUAGUAUAUUCCAACCUAAAAUAGUUAACUACCUGAUGCCAGCUGUGAUGUUUAAAGACAUAAAGGGUAAAGUUUACUUUCAAAAGUUCUCUAAACAUGGUUUUCUGUCCUAAGAAUAUUGUCUUAUCUCCAUAACUAUAGCUGAUGCAGAAAGCCCAACCAAUUUCUUCUUUUCAGACUCAGAACAUUUCAAAUUUAGCAAUAAUCAGUUUGCAUUGGUUCCAACCUGUCCCAAGUGCAGGUUAAAUUCUCACUCGAAUUAUUGUUUCCUUUGCCCACUUAAUCAAAGGGUAAGUGUUCACUUCUCAAUGAGAUGAUGCUGCAGCAAAGAAAGAAGUGAAGUAAAACAAAGACCUGUCCUACGGGUCUCAAAUUCUAAUGGAAAAUCCAAGGACAAGCACAAGUUCUGGGAAUGCAUCAAAGCAUAGUGUUUGGCUUGCCUGGAGAUGCUGUGUUGAAUCAUAUGAUUCUAGAAUAAGAGAAAUAGAUUAAAAGAAACAAAAACUUUGCACGGUAUGAGCUUCAUACCCCCAACCAACAAAGUCUUGAAGGUAUUAUUUUACAAAUAUAUUUUUAAUGUUGUUUUAUAAGAGAGACUUUGCAGAAGUGCCUAAAUUUUGCCAGACUUCAUCCAGCUUGAAGGAAAGGAGGCCAAUGCCAACAACCUAAUCUAAGUGAUUAGUCUUUCAAACUCACCAUCCAGUUGCCUGUCACAGAAUAACACUUUGAAACUAAAGAUGUAUGUAGUAAAAUAAAGAAGCUGUAGGUGAGGAGAUCUGUAUAAUAUUCUAAUUUAAGUAAAUCUGAGGUUAGUCACUUAAAAUCUGACUGUGACUUUAAUCUAAAUUACUAUGUAAACAAACAACAAAAAAAGUAGAUAGUUUCACUUUUAAAAACUCCAUUACUGUUUUACAUUUUAAAAGUUGAAUUAAAGGGUUGUAACUGACUACAGCAUGGAAAAAAAUAGUUCUUUUAAUCUUUUCACCUUAAAGCAUAUUUUAUGUCUCAAAAAUAUAAAAAAAAAACUUUAAUACAAGUACAUACAUAUUAUAUAUACACAUACAUAUAUACUAUAUAUGGAUGAAACAGAUUUUAAUGUUGUUUACUUUUUUAAAUACUUGGUUGAUCUUCAAGGUUAUAGCGAUAAAAUUAAAUUUUGUUUAGAAAGUUUGUUUUGAAGUUUAUUUUAAGCACUAUUGUACCAAAUAUUUCAUAUUUCACAUUUUAUAUGUUGCACACGUCCGAUACAAUACCUACAUAGUCUUUAAAUUAUUGUUUCAAAAACAAAACAGCUGUAAUAAAUGAAUAUGAUGUGUAAUUGUUUAAAACAUCCCUUUAUUUUGUGAGCAUAUUAGUGAUUGCAGUAUUUUGACUUAAACUUUUCAGACUGAAUGUAAAAUAUUUUAAUGUUGGCAUCACUGCCAAUUCUGAAAACUAGAGACACUAACUGUGUCAUGAUUUGUCUCAAAAAAGAUCUGCCAUUUUAACUCAUGUUGCUCAGAGUCUAAUUCCUAUCUAUUUAUAUUAAGUCAUAGAUUUGAUCACCCUAAGGAAAAAAAUCACAAUCUAAGUGUAAUCUAACAUAGUGCUUGUACUGUUAUAUUUGUUUUAAUUUGUGGGAAAAUAUUGUAUCUAAACUUUUAUUACUUUGGUAGUUUUACCAUUAUAUACUAUUAGUAUUUGUAAUUUUUCUCAAUUCUAACAAUGUAGUUAUGCUACAACUUGCCUAUAGCAUUCAAGAUUGUUUUUGUUCAUUUUUUUAAUACUUGUUCAUUUAGAUUCCUUGAAAACUUAGUACACAUGACUAAAAGGUAAAUUAUGAGCAUCACUGAAAUAUUUUUGUAGACUACUUGUUAUAACAUUGUCUUUCAUGUUAUUGUUUCAUAAUUUUGAUUUUUAAAUGACUAUUACACAACUAUUUUCAGCCCUUUAAGAUAAAUCAUCAAAAAGCAUCACAUAUACACCUCCCAAGAAAUAGAAGACUGUAUUUUUAAUAAGAUAUCCAUUUUCCAGAAUUUGUGACUAUAUUAUGCAAAAGGACCAUAAGGAUACCAUUUUCAGUAAGGAGGAGGCAAGGCAAUUACAUAGAUGUACAAAUAUAUGUACAACAGAUUUUGCUUUUUAUUUAUUUAUAAUGUAAUUUUAUAGAAUAAUUCUGGGAUUUGAGAGGAUCUAAAACUAUUUUUCUGUAUAAAUAUUAUUUGCCAAAAGUUUGUUUAUAUUCAGAAGAGUCUGAUUAUGAUGAAUAAAUCUUAAAUGCUUUGUUUAAUUACAAAAACAAAAUCACCAGAAUCCAAGAUGAGAAAAUAUCAAUUCAGUAAAUGCUGUGGUUAAGAGACUGGAUCUCCACUUAUUUUGAGAACAGCAUUUCAUUAUUGGUUUUCAGUAAUUUAACAGCACUUCACCAAAACAUUCACCUCAAUCACUCCACUGACAACACUUCUACUAAAUCUUUCAGUAACACUUACCGAAAGCCCUCAUUCAUUACCUUUCCAUGUAAACAGAAGUCUAAUUUGUAUCAAUUCUAUGUUUCAGUUGUAAUAUUGAGUUCACUCACCCAAUGUGCAACCAAUGAAAUAAAAGAAGCAUUUAAAAAGAA